GCUUAUAUAUAUAUAUCCACCAAAUUCUCAGCUCAUUCCAAUCUUCCAGCACCUGUAAAUCCAUGCUCCCAAGUCCCAACAGCAUCAUCCAUCAGAGUGGACACUCGUUCUCAUCCAUUUUGUUCUCAUCUUCUCAGAUGCUUUUGGGGGCUAUAUUCGUCAUUUCCACAACUUUUCUGUCCCAUUCUGGCCAAAACAGCCACAUUCCCCCCGCAGCUUCCUGACAACCCGACAAUCGUGCCGGUGACGGAAAUCAAGAGCCCGAACCAACCACAGCCGUUAGAUCAGAAAAAAAACUAAAACAGAAAACCCGCCAUAUUUCAAAUGCGACAAAAGCUGAAAACAGUACUACUUCCUCCGUUUCACCUUACCGCCACUUGUCGGUUACAGCUCUGCGUACGAACCAAUCCUCCACCAUUUUCUAGCUGUCUUCACACCAUCAAUCAAUGACACGUGUCCUCAUCCCCUAACGUCCCCACCAAAUCAGUUCUAUCGCCGCCUCUUUGCUCUCUCUCUACACACACAGUACUCUCUCUCUCUCUCUCUCUCUGUAAUAUAUACUCAUAUAGAGACGCACACACGCAUUACAUAUGUGUCGUUGCCUUUUCACACUCUCUUUCUAGGUUUGUUGAUAACGAGUAUGGAGAGAGAUUUUCAAUCGAUGUUCGUCGGGGGAGAGGGUUCCGGCUCUGUUUUCUCGUCGGCGGUGACUAGUUUCGGCCAAAACGCAGACGAUGCUUCUUAUAUCAAUGCAAUGUAUUCAGGUAUCAGCACUCAAUCACUUUUUCCUUCGCUAGAUCAUUAUGCAAUCGACACUUCUUCGGCUAUUUUUCCGGCAUUUCCCAAGCCAGAUCCGGUGACUUUCGGCUUCUUCAGUCAAGAUUUUCCGGCUAAUCGCGGCGAAGAACAGCUCACUGAUCAGUUUUCACUAAUCAACGCUGGUGAUCAAAACCUGAAGUCCAUCGACUUUGAAAUAGAGAAGCUAAAAGUGCCCAAAGAUGAACCGUUCAACGUCGGGGAGUUCAUCAAUGAUGUACCGACUGAACCAUUCGACUUCUUAUCCAAAAGCUCUGUUCCGAUUUCGAGCUUCUGCGAUUCGAGCUUUCGUCAGUUACCGAAUCUCCGUUCUCUUGAACAAGUUCACGAAGAUUUUGCAUUCGCUGAGUCGUCUCAGAAACGAGCCAAGCCUUCGUCUGAUCAGUACGAUCUAGAAUCGAUCGUUAGAAACUACCACUUGCCGAGUAAUUACUUCGCCGCUUUCAAAACGCCGGAAAUUCAGGCGCCGCAGACGGUGGCUCAGAGCGAAAUGGCUCGGCAGCGACGGCAUAAGAUCAGCAACAAGACUCGGUGUCUGCAGAAACUCCUUCCGUGGGACAAGAAGAUGGACAUGGCGACGAUGCUGGAGGAGACGUACAAGUACAUCAAGUUCCUCCAGGCGCAGGUUAGCGUCCUCCAGUCGAUGCCUCGCGACUCGUCCAGUUUCGCAAUUCAAAACCCUAGCAAUGUCGACGGCAAUGUGUUGGGCGCGCUGGGAAGGCUGAACAGGCAGCAACUGCUUGAGGUGAUGCUGAACUCUCCGGUGGCUCAGACGGUUCUCUACUCGCGAGGUUGCUGCGUCUACUCCUUUGAACAGUUGGUGUUGCUGAAGAAGAUCGCCCAGAGGAAGGCUCUGUAUCAAGAGAUGGUGUUCAAUCCUUUCCUGCUAUCUUGAAUCUCUCUCUCACCAAAGGUGCUCAUUUCAAUAUUCUCUCUCCUUUUUCUUUUUUCAUUUGUCUUUUUCCCAACUCGGACGGUGGCGCGUGUUUUUCAAUCGCGCAUUACAGCUGUGACUGAAAAGGUCGUAAAAUGGAGGAAAUGGUACAUGGAGAUAGCUUAAUUUGGUUUGGUCCAUAUACAAAUAUAUAGAUAUAGGCUGUGUUAGCGAACACAGAGAUACAGAGAUGUUAUCUGAGUGCGUGGAGUGUUUGGAAGUUGUAUCGAGUGUUAAAGGCACGACUCUAUCUGCAAAGUUAAGAAGUACAUUAAUCAUUACUUGAUAGUAUAGAUUAAGAGGCGUGAUUCGUAUCUUUUUUUUCAGAUGAUUCGGUAUCAUAUAUAUAUAUAUGAUUAUUUUUAGUCGUAUGUGCACGAGUCGAUGCUUUCUGUUUUGAUACGCAAAUUUAUUUUUACCCAAGUCGGAAGGCUCAUUUGUGCUAAAAAUUACA